GUGCUGAUUGGAAUAAGCUACUCUGGUGGUUGAUUUUGCUGGCAAGAGACCGAGCGUGUUCAUUAUCUCCUUCAGGCUAACAUGGGGACGGCUGUGCGGUUCUUGCUGUUGUUCAUGUGGCUAUCAGGUCUUCAACUUUGUUCAUGCGACACCGAUCAACAGGACGCUGCUGCUCUCCGAUCACUGAUGAAUCAAUGGCAGGCUGCGCCACCAAGUUGGGGGCAGUCAAAUGAUCCCUGUGGGGUGCCCUGGGAUGGAGUUGUCUGCAGCAAUUCCAGGGUGACAGUACUGAGACUAUCAACAAUGGGCAUCAAGGGUACAUUAAGUGGUGACAUAGCUCAACUCACUAAAUUGCAAUCUUUGGACCUGUCCUACAAUGGUGAACUUGGUGGUCCAUUCACUCCAAAUAUUGGGAACUUGAAGGAGCUGACCACCCUGAUCUUGGUCGGUUGCAGCUUUAGCGGUACCAUUCCAUCAGAAUUGGGCAAUUUAGCAGAGCUCUCAUUCUUGGAUCUGAACUCAAAUCAGUUCACUGGAAAUAUACCUGCCUCCCUUGGGAAUCUCUCCAAUCUCUACUGGCUGGACCUGGCAAACAACAAGUUGACUGGGACGCUCCCCAUUUCAGAGGGAACAACCCCUGGUUUGGACCUGCUCAUCAAUACAAAGCAUUUCCAUUUCAACAAAAACCAGUUAUCAGGUCCCAUUCCAGAACAACUAUUCAGCUCACAAAUGACACUGAUACACAUACUCUUCGAUGGAAAUAAAUUUACUGGGCCAAUUCCAAAGUCCUUAGGACUUGUGAAAUCACUCGAGGUCCUUCGUCUUGAUCGGAAUUCUCUGUCAGGUUCAGUUCCUUCUAAUAUUAACAAUCUUACAAGCAUCAAUGAAUUGAAUCUAGCAAACAACAAGCUGAGAGGGCCCAUGCCAGAUUUGACUGGAAUGAACAACCUAAAUUAUGUGGAUUUGAGCAACAACACUUUUGUUCCUUCAGAAGUUCCAGCCUGGUUUUCAACAACACAAUCUCUCAUGGCCCUAGCAGUAGAAUCUGGAGGUCUUUCUGGGCAAAUCCCAACAAAGCUAUUCAGCUUUCCUCAACUGCAGCAAGUGAUGCUAAAAAACAAUGAAUUCAAUGGCACCCUUGAUAUGGGCAGCAGCAUCAGCUCCCAGUUACAGACUGUAGAUUUCCAAAAUAAUUCUAUUGCUUCGGUCACCCUGACUUCCAGCUACAAAAAUACUCUAAUACUUGUCGACAAUCCUGUGUGCAAUUCUCAGCUAUCAAAUACCAUAUACUGCCGCCUUCAGCAACAGACAUUAACACCAUAUUCUACCAACCUAUCCCAAUGUGGCUCCACAUCAUGCCCCAGCGAUCAGAGUCUCAGCCCUCAGAGUUGUACUUGUGCGUAUCCAUACCAGGGGUCGAUGAUUUUUAGAGCACCUUUUUUCCGAGAUACGACUAAUAGCACACGGUUUGAAGAACUGGAGAUGAGCUUGUGGACAAAAAUUAAACUUACUCCGGGUUCAGUAUAUCUUUCAGACCCUUUCUUCACCAGCGAUAACUAUCUGCAACUGCACGUAGAACUCUUUCCAUCUACUGGAAUGUACUUCAACCGGUCAGAAGUUCUAAGAAUUGGAUUUUAUCUUAGCAACCAGACUUAUAAACCACCAGACGUAUUUGGACCGUAUUAUUUCAUUGCAUCUCCAUAUACCUUCCCAGGUGCUUCUAGUGGGAAAGCCUCAAUGAGUACAGGUGUUGUUGUUGGUAUAGCAGGUGGUUGUAUUGUUCUUGUUGUUGGACUCAUUGCUGUGGGGAUCUAUGCCUUACGACAAAAGAGAAGGGCUGAAAGAGCCAUGGAACAAAGCAGACCCUUUGCUUCAUGGGCACCCAGUGGUAAGGAUAGCGGUGGUGCACCACAGUUGAAAGGAGCAAGAUGGUUUUCAUUUGAUGAGCUCAAAAAGUGCACUAACAAUUUCUCAGUAACAAACGAAAUUGGAUCCGGAGGCUAUGGAAAGGUUUAUAGAGGAAUGCUACAAAGUGGGGAAAUUGUUGCAAUCAAGAGAGCAGAGCAAGGAUCCAUGCAAGGUGGACUUGAGUUCAAGACUGAGAUCGAGUUGCUGUCUAGGGUUCAUCACAAGAACCUUGUAGGCCUUGUUGGUUUUUGCUUUGAGCAAGGGGAGCAGAUGCUGGUAUAUGAGUUUAUUCCAAAUGGAACACUAAGAGAAAACUUGAUUGGAAGAGGUCGCAUACAACUGGACUGGAAGAAGAGACUAAGAAUUGGUCUAGGCUCAGCUAGAGGAUUAGCUUAUCUUCAUGAACUUGCUAAUCCACCAAUAAUUCACAGAGAUGUCAAGUCUACCAAUAUCCUUUUGGAUGAAAAUUUAAAUGCAAAGGUUGCAGAUUUUGGUCUCUCAAAGCUGGUGUCAGACAGCCAAAAGGGGCACGUUUCUACUCAAGUUAAAGGGACACUGGGUUACUUGGAUCCUGAGUAUUACAUGACCCAGCAGCUCUCAGAGAAGAGUGAUGUUUAUAGCUUUGGUGUGGUCAUGCUAGAGCUGAUAACAUGCAAGCAACCAAUAGAGAAGGGCAAGUAUAUUGUUCGUGAAGUGAGGAUGGCAAUUGAUAGAUAUGAUGAAGAGUAUUAUGGCCUAAAGGAGAUAAUGGAUCCUGUCCUCCAAAAUACAGCAAAUCUUAUGGGUUUCAAGAGGUUUGUAGAGUUGGCAAUGCAAUGUGUUGAAGAAUCGGCUGCAAACCGUCCAACAAUGAGUGAUGUGGUGAAGGAAAUUGAAAUUAUGUUGCAACAAGAUGGAUUGAACACAACCUCAAAUUCAGCAUCUUCAUCUGCCACAGACUUUGGGAACACAAAGGUUACACGUCAUCCUUAUGAUGGUCAACUAUCAAGAAGAGAUGAAAGCAGCAGCGCCUUUGAAUACAGUGGUGGAUACUCAUAUCCAGCAAGAAUUGAACCCAAGUAG